CACAAGUGGCAUGGUUGGGGCUGUCCCGUUUUUGGUGUACGAUGAGUCGCCGAUAUUAUUUCAUAACUUUUUAAGUUGUUGAAAACUGCUACGGCUAUGGGGUUGUGAUAGGGACGAAGAGACACACUCGUCAACGAUUCAAAGUUCGCAUAUAAACAGUGACACUGACACCACACAAGCACUUUUGUGUCAGUUCAAAUAAUUAUGAUCUGAUUCUGCACGACGACGUGUGUGUGAGCUCGUAAAAAGAUUCUAGGCAGUCAACUCGGCAAGUAUAAUGAGGCAGCAAAUGCAACCACUCACUGCAGCCUGGCUGAUCCUGAUGAUGCAUGCAUUGACCGCAUCCUGCAGUAACAUCAACACAAACAUCUAUAAAACCGGUAGCGAUGAGGCUCUCUUUGACCAAAGCCGGCUGCAGAUACCUGGAGGGUAUUUAAAGGAGCCGGCUCAUUUGCACGCCCCGACUCCGGGGAAUAUCUCUCAAGAAUGCCAGGAGGAUUUGUAUCAACUCUUGAAUACCUCAAGUGUGGAGUAUCAGGAGGAAAGCAGAGCUUUGGAUGCAUUUGGUAAGCCAGGAUCGGGGUUCCUUGUGGGCAACACUGCCUGGCUGGGUAGCUAUGAUGAGUGUAUGGACUUGGAAGAGUUCAACUAUUGCCUGGCUUACAUGUAUGUACAACCAAAGGGUUAUCAACCAGCCUUGAUACACUGGGGAGUUUGUACUCCAGCCUCAUGCUCGGGAGAGGACGUGCAGAAUGCACUCAAGACGAUGCUUGUUGUUCUUGGGGACACGCCGACGUCGUAUGUUUUCAUAGCAGCAGCUGGAGUUAGCUGUGCCACCAAUCCACCUAUCCCCUACAACGCUGGAUUCUAUUGUACAGUAAUCCUUUUUGUAACCAUUGGUGUGUUGAUGAUCGGAGGUGCAUUGUAUGCUGAAUACCUGAAACUGGUCGCAAGACGGAAACCAGAUUCACUUCCUCAGACUAGUAGGGAGGAGGAUGAUGUUCCGCUGUUGGGGAGUGAAACUAACCAAAGGAAGUUGAGCGUUAAUAACUCCAUGGAGGUACCAAAAGGUACGCUACAAUGUCCAGGUAUAUUUGGAAGGUUUCUGCUCUGCUUUGCUUUUACGCUGAACCUCUCCAAGCUCAUGGACACUCGGCAGAAAGACACAAGCAUCAGAUCCAUGAACGGCAUUCGGUUCAUCAGCAUGACAUGGGUUAUUCUGGGUCACACCUUGUUUUUUAUCAUUGUCUACGGAAUUACAACAAAUCCUGUCUCCGCUGUAAAGUGGUUGGAAGUGGACUUCGGAUUCCAAGCUGUGGCAAAUGCAUUCUUCGCUGUGGACACAUUCUUCUUCUUAAGCGGUUGUUUGGUUUCCUACCUGACGUUGAGCCGUAUGAAGGAACUGAAAUCAGUCAAGGCCUGGCUUUGGUUUUAUUUUCAUCGCUAUUGGAGACUGACUCCCGUGCUGAUCGUCACCCUGUUGGUCAAUCUGUAUAUUCAACCAUUCUUUGGAGAUGGUCCAAUAUGGCAGUCAACCACAGCUAGACCCUUGUGCCACCAGUCCUGGUGGACCAAUCUACUCUACAUCAAUAACUUUUAUCCACAGGACUUUGGUCAUGAGUGUCUUGGAUAUACAUGGUACUUGGCCAACGACAUGCAGUUCUUCAUCAUCAGCCCCUUGAUUCUUGUGCCCCUUUACUAUUCCCCAAUACUGGGAUGGAUUAUUCUUUGUGCUUUGGCGAUUAUCUCCAUGGUAACGACUGGUGUCAUCGUAGGUGUGUAUGACGUCUCGAUCAACAUCCUGGACCAUUUUAUUCCAAAACCCGGAACUGGUGGACCAGGACUUAACUAUAGCUCCCUGGUUUAUGAGAAGCCGUACUGUCGAAUUGCACCCUACCUUGUUGGGAUCGGACUGGGCUACAUUAUGCAUAGGAUCGGCAAACGCAGAGUCAAAAUGUCACCGCUGAUGGCGAUCGCAGGCUGGGUGCUGGCUACAGGUAUUGGUAUGAGUGUCGUCUAUGGUCUGUACCCGUCGUAUCAUUCGGCCCAAGACUUAUCCAAAACGGGUAGCAUCAUCUACAUCUCCAUGAGCCGCUUUGCCUGGGGAGUUGCUCUUGCGUGGGUGGUGUUUGCCUGCAAUUAUGGACACGCAGGUUGGAUUAAUUCAUUUUUAUCUUGGAGUGGUUUCGUACCGCUGAGUCGUCUGACGUACUGCGCCUACAUGUUCCAUCCUUUAGUCUUGAUGACCUUCUAUCCUAACUUUGGGACUGGUAUUUACCUCUCCAAGUUUCUGAUGGCGAACUAUUUUGCGGGAUUCGUGGCCAUAUCGUACUUUCUUGCGAUGGUUGUCUCCAUCGCCGUUGAGUUUCCCUUCGCAAAUCUCGAGAAGCUCUUCAUGCCGGACAAUCCACGAGAGAAACAUGAGCGCAAUUCCCAGGUUGAAGGAGCGGGUGUUGAAAACGUAGAAGCCUGAAAACACCAAAUUUGUUCAAGUGAAGUAUGGUUUUUCAUUUGUAUAUUUUGUAUAGUUUUUAGUUUUUUAUUCCUUAGUAAUUCAGCCUUCCCUCGUUUUUUUUUUUUUUUAAGAGUACACUUCAGGAGCACCAAGAUUUUCCUUUAGGUGGUCUUUCAAAAGGUAAAAAUUAUUUUACUUUAAGGCAGUGGACACUAUUGGUAAUUACUCAAAAUAAUUAUUGUC